AUGGCCGACGUGGACAUGGCUGACGCGCCGCCGUCAGGUGCCGUCGUGAAGAAGAAGACCGGCGCUGCCGGCGAGCCUGGCAAGACCCUCGAUGAUAAGAAGCGCUUCGAGGUGAAGAAGCACGCAUUCCACUUCCAUUGCAUCUCCCGCUGGCUCAAGGCCCGCCAAGUGUGUCCUCUCGACAACCGAGACUGGGAGUUCCAGAAGUACGGCCGUUAA